GACAUUAUACAUAUGUACAGUCUGAGUCUCAGUUAAAACCUUGUGGAGGGCAUGUUUAGAAGUUCCCAGGGUUGUUAGAAAUGGCUGAGGGUUGUGGGCAAAACAUAGAAGGUGAAUCGUACCAGCAUGCCGUGUUUUUUGAAGUGGAACAUCUACAUAAAAAAGAGAAGAUAAAGAUCCAGAAUUUCUUUAGAAUCAGGAGAAAUGGAGGAGGGGAAUGUGGAGAGGUGGAGGAGGUGGGAGAGAAGACCUACAGGAUUGCCUUCCUGAAGAAAAGAGUCCAGGAGAGAGUGUUGGAGAGAAGAGACCAUGUGAUCCCCCUGCCAGGUGGUGAGCUGUGUGUCUCAGUGAGAGACAGACGGUCUCCUGACUCCACAGAUCCACAUCAACCUCCACAGCUGCCCUCGGACGACCAGCAGACCCCAUCUAGCAGUAAGGAGCUGGAGAAGGUGUUCAUCAUGGACCAAUACCUCCUCCAGUACCUCAGGGACUGUCCCAAGGCAAACAAGGCUCUGAACAAACAGCUCAUCACCCUCAAAUCCUCCGUCCAGCUCUCCCCCGAGACAGAGCAGGCUGUGGUGAAGUGGGAGGCUGCUGGGGCGGGGCCAGUUGCCAGGCCAACGCUACUUGAAUGGGUUCUGCAGGUGGAGCAGAUUUUUGACAAUGUGAAGAAUGUCUACUGUCCCCACUAUGAGAUGGAUUCAGCUGGAGUGAAGAUUUUAAAGUCGAACAUUGCUGUCCUGGAGACUGAGGAUGUGAAGGUGUACUUGGAAGAAGAUGACUUUGCUGUGGUGGUGGGGAGAAACGUGAAGGAGAAGCUGAAGAUGCUGGAGGAGAAGUUGCAAAUAAGGAUGGAUUACCCAGUGUCAGAGAGACAGUACUACUUGGUGAAGGAGGAGCUUGAGAAGGAACUGAGGAUCCUCAGCCCCAGAGUGAAGAUCUACCAAAAUGGGCCCAACAAUCUCGUCUUUGAGGGACCCAACCAGGAGGUUCAGCUGGGAUUGACAAAACUACAAGAGCUGUUAAAAGAUAUUAAAAAAAAAAGAUUUCAGCUUCUCAACACUCUUUUAGACUUCCUGAUGUCCAGUGAUUAUGUCUCCAGAUUCCAGGACCGCUUUGAGCGAAGCCUGUGCUGCCCAGUUGCUAUGGAGAUUGGGUCGGACCUGAUCCUGUCCAGCUUGUCAUCAGACGCACUAGAAGCUGCUGCAAAUAUGAUUCAGAAGGACUUGUGCUGGUUCACUGAGCCACUAGAGGGAGCUUUGGGCCAAUCUCCAGCACUGGAUAGGCUGAAGGAAGCCCUAAGAAAAGCCCAGGGUGAGGCCAAUAGCACAGGCCCCAGAGUGGUGGUCAAAUACCAGCAGGGAUCCUGUGGAGACCCCAGGACCAGAGUGCAGCUGGUGGGCUACAGUGAGGAGGUGUGGAGGCUCAAGAAGGUACUAGUGGACUACCAGCUCAACCAGGCUGAUGUCCACGAAAGCUUGCCUCUGCCUCUCUCAGAAAUGGUUGACAAGUUUGAUGAAGUCAAAGACCUGAUGGGUCUACAGCUAAACCCGGAUGUUAAACUAACACUGUCUCACCUCCGAUUUCCUUGCUUGAAGCUGUCUGGACCCCGGUCAUGA